GGUUUGUGAGGCCCUCAGCAAUGACUGAACAAAUAAUAAAUGAAUAUAUUUAUGAAAAAUAUGGAAAAUCAGAGUUCAUUUCCUCUUCCUUUGCUAUCUUUCACACAUUGCCCUUGGGGGUUUGCUGAUGCUAUUUUGAUAUAUUGACACCAUGUGGUCAAAAUUCUUAGCCUAUGGAGAUUGUUCUGAAUAAGUUCCUGCAACUAUACUGUGAUAUUCAUGAAGAUCCAAAAACUGUUUAUGCAUAUAUGGUGCUAGGCGAUGUAAGGCCUGUACAUUUCCUGUGUCUGGCAUGAUACAGCUAUCCUAUUUAAGGAAGUCAUUCAGUAAUUUGAAGCUUGGAUGGCUGGAUAUCUGUUGUGGAGAGAGGAGCUCAAUGUGCAUCAGUUGCAACUUGCAAUUUGAAGAGAAAAGUCCCUCAGAAACAUCAAGUAUCAAGAAUGAAGCUUCCCUCUUAUUUCAUAGAAUGGAUAUCAAAUUGAAGGGCAUCUAUCCAAACUUCUACCAGAGGAGGCCACAGGAAUGCUCACAAUGAUGAAUGAACUUUUCAGAUGCCAUUGAUAAGAAGUCACCUUCUUGGAAUUGAUGACACAAAAAACAUAUCAGGAGUGUUGUAGCACGGGCUCACUGAUAGUGCAUGCUCUUCUGCAGAUUACUGCAAGGAGAAACCCUAAUUCUCCUGAAAAGGUCAAAUUAGCUGUUCUUCUGUUAAUUGUUGGUUCUGUAUAUUGAUUCGACAUCUAAUUUUGAAGGCAAUCAUUAGGUAGUUAUAUUUUUUAGUUCUCUCUCUCUCUCUCUCUCUC